UGGCAUUUAGUAGUGGUGUGUUGCCUAAGCACAGUGCGGUGGUGGAUCCUUCAAACCGAAAUGGCGUCCAGUUACGACUCGCACGUUGUUAAGAGACAAAAGACUGAUGACGGGGUUGUUUCUAAUCAUUCGACAUGUCUUACAUGGAGCUUUCGUGAGCCUGCGCAGGACAGACACAACCCUGAAGUCUCCCCAGUGGUUCAUGUGCGAGGUGUUCCAGACCAUGCCUUUGAAGAGGACAUCGUUAGUGCUGUCCAGCACUUCGGAACAGUCCAGUAUUGCAUGAUCUUGAGAGGUAGACGCCAAGCCUUGGUUGAAUUUAGUGACACCAAGGGAUCUUCAGCAUGUGUUAACUUUGCAAAUAGUAACCAGCUGUGUAUCGCUGGUACGCCUGCUUUCUUCAACUUCUCCACUAGUCAGAGGAUUCAGAGACCCAGGAACGAGAAUAACCAGAGUCAGGGUCAAAUGGGUGAAAAUGGAAGGCCGUAUCAGAAUGUUCCAGGCAACAAAAUCUUGCUGUUCACUGUUCUGAACGCCAAGUAUCCCAUCACGGUGGAUGUGAUGCACACUAUCUGCUCAUCCCAUGGAAGAGUAGAGAAGAUUGUCAUAUUCAGGAAGCAGUAUGUGCAAGCACAAGUCACGUUUGAGAAUCUCGAAGCCUCCAAGUCAGCUAAGGAUCAGCUGCAGGGCUGUGACAUCUACUCUGGCUGCUGCACUCUUAGAGUUGAGUAUGCGAAGACAGACGAACUGAAUGUGCGUGCAAACAACAGUGACAGCUGGGACUACACACAGCCCAGUCAAUCGGAUAACGCACCCAGGAAAGGGGCCCCUCUAUUGGCUGACCCUAGGUUUACUGCCCAGCCGACCCCUUUUGAAGGUCGGACCUCUGAGUAUGAUGACUAUGGUGGUGACCAGCAAGGGUAUUUCCAGCAGAAGGGUUACGAAGCUGAAGGGGCCUACCAGGGGUUUGGGGCCCCAGCUGUGAGCAGGGGGAUGACCUCCCCACAGGGGCGGGGCAUGGGAGGAAUGGGGCGAGGAGGCAUGGUUAGCAUGGGCAGAGGCAGGGGUGGAGCUCAAGGGGGAUAUGGAGAGGUGAGUGGCUAUGGUGGUAGAGGUGCCCUCCAGGAGACCCCAGGCUAUGGAGCAUAUGCAGACCCACAAGCUGCCGACAGCUUCCCCCAGGGCUGCGUCCUCAUGAUCUAUGGACUCAGUGCUGCGCAUAUGAACUGUGACAGGGUCUUUAAUCUCUUCUGUCUCUAUGGAAACGUUGUCAGGGUGAAGUUCUUGAAGACAAAGGAAGGCUCAGCCAUGAUACAGAUGGGUGACAGUUCGUCAGUGGAGAGGGCCAUCUUCAAUCUCAAUGGAGUGUUUGCCUUUGAGUCCAAACUGGUUGUCACUCUAUCGAAGCAGCCAUAUCUUCAGGUGGUGAACAACCCCCACGACCUGCCGGAUGGCACAUGCUCCUACAAGGACUUCUCCUCCAACAGUAACAACAGGUUCAGGAACCAGGAACAGGCGGCUAAGAACAGAAUCAUUCACACUACAGAAAUUCUUCACUUCUUCAAUGCUCCACCCACCAUCACUGAAGAUCAAAUCAAACAGGUGUUCGAAGAAGCUGGAGCCAAGUUGCCGAAGAAAAUCCUGCAAUUUCCUGUAAAAUCUGGGAAGAGUUCCAGCGGUCUUGCAGAGUGGGAGAACAAGCAGGAUUCUGUGGAGGCCCUGAUUCUCACCAACCAUGUUCCGGUGGACAAUCCGGAAGGUAAAGGUGGCAGGCCAUACUACAUCAAACUGUGUUUCUCUCCAAGCAGUAUCAGGGAAACCAACUGAGAGGCUUCACAACAUACACCAUCAUUUUGGGCUUCAGUUAUGAACAAUAUUUGAAUUUUUAAGUCAAACACAUCAUGGUUGUUUCUCUUUGUUGUUUGUAAAACAUAUUUCCUGCGUUUAACGUUUCUUUAAUAGCUGCUCUUAUAUCAUUUAUAUCAUUUUGAAAAUAUUGUGUUUUGGUGAAGUAAAUAACAUUAAAGACAAAAAGCUUUGAACAACUUAAUUGAUUGUGGACAUUCAUGAUUUUAAACAGUAAUUGUGCAUUGCACAUAAACUUCAUUUUACUUUAGGGCCACUUUCUUUUUUAUAAGUUCACCUUUGCUUAUUUGUUUUAUGAUUGCAUUUUUUUGUAUUGUAGAAAUUAUCUCAGUUGAUUGAUCUUUGCGGACUUGUUCACAAAAUGCUUAUUCAAUUAUUCUAAUUGAUUGUUGUUUAUAUGUUAAGUCAGAUAUAUCCAAUUUUGCUAGGUAACUAUCUUAAUUGUAUUGGGUUAUUAAAUACUUAAAUACAUAUAGAGAAUGGCAUGCGCAACAGAAUUUUUUAAUCUUGAAUAGGAUAAGAAAAGGUUUUCAUUAAGUCAAACAGACUAUUUUGAUUAUGCUUUUAAAUUAAAAUGCUAAUAUGAAAUGUUUACUAUUAAAAUACAGACAAUUAGACAAGGAACAGGUAUAAAAACUGCAAAAAACACGUCAUGUUAUAGAUGUAUGUUUAAUGUGUUAAAUAAACCCUUUUCUGAAAUCAUUACUUUGGUUGUACUGUUCAUUUCGAACUUUUAGUGGUAAAAUAAAUCUCAAUUUGUAAA